AUGCAUGAAGCAGAAGAUGGCGAAUGGAAAAAAUCACGUGAGAAAUUUUCCUCUUGCUGUUACUGUUGCAGCAGAGCUUCUGUUGUCACUCGUUGGAUUCUCUGGUGUCCACUUAUUUCCUUUCUCACCAUCCCAUUUUAUAUUUUCCCGGAAAGCAAACAUCCAAUCUCUUUCUCACUUCUCAAAGUCAAACGUACCCCUAAUCCGAUGGAGCUCCGACCCUUGGGAAACACAGGGCUCAAUAUCAGCUCUGUGGGUUUUGGGGCAUCCCCUCUUGGCAGUGUCUUCGGCCCUGUAUCCGAGGACGACGCCGUCGCCUCCGUUCGUGAAGCCUUCCGCCGGGGCAUCAAUUUCUUCGAUACCUCUCCGUAUUAUGGAGGAACAUUGUCAGAGAAGAUGCUUGGUAAGGGACUUAAAGCCCUAGGAGUUCCUAGAAAUGAAUAUGUCGUGUCAACAAAGUGUGGGCGGUAUAAAGAGGGCUUUGAUUUUAGUGCUGAAAGAGUAACUAGGAGCAUUGAUGAGAGUUUGGAGAGGUUGCAAUUGGACUACGUUGAUAUAUUGCAAUGCCAUGAUAUUGAGUUUGGGUCUCUUGACCAGAUUGUGAAUGAAACAAUUCCUGCCCUUCAGAAACUAAAGGAGGCGGGGAAGAUCCGUUUUAUUGGGAUAACCGGACUCCCUCUAGGAAUCUUUACUUAUGUGCUUGAUCGAGUACCAUCUGGUACAGUUGAUGUGAUUCUCUCAUAUUGCCACUACAGUAUUAAUGAUUCAACACUGGUGGAUUUACUUCCAUACUUGAAGAGCAAAAGUGUAGGUAUAAUUAGUGCUUCUCCACUUGCAAUGGGACUCCUUACAGAGAAUGGUCCUCCAGAGUGGCACCCUGCUUCUCCUGAGCUAAAGUCUGCAUGCCAAGCUGCUGCUGCCUAUUGUAAAGAUAAGGGAAAGAGUAUUACCAAGUUAGCAGUGCAAUACAGUUUAUCGAACAAGGAUAUCUCUACAGUGCUGGUUGGCAUGAACUCUGUUGGACAGGUUGAGGAAAAUGUUACUGCUGCCCUAGAACUUGCUACAUUUGGGAAGGAUCAAGAAACACUAGCCGAAGUUGAGGCGAUUCUUAGCCCUGUCAAGAACCAGACAUGGCCGAGUGGAAUCCAACAGGGCUGAUGGUUUUGCCAUCUCUGAAACCGUUUUCCUCAUGUACUGUUCAUAAUUUCAAUUGCCAACAGUGCCCUACUUAAUCCAUAUGGUUCAGUGGGAGGGCCUCCUCCAUUACAGUUCUCCCCUCUAGAAAAAAUGAGUUAUGAAUGGAAAGAGAGGGUCAUCACUCAUUGUUAUGCAGAUGGAUCUUUGCUUAAUAAAUUGUAUGAUUUUUUCAUUCUGGUCAUGAGACAUUCAAGAGGUGAAUAUUGUAAACUUGGAUUUGGUUUGUAUUUCAAGUCGUCGUAAAAUUGUAUCGUAAUAUUCUAUUGUAAGCUUCCCUCAGCUAAUAUUUCCAUUUUUAUUUUGGUAUAA